AUGGAUAGCCAGGGUGCCAGCAGCAUGGACAAUCUCACAGCGAGCGAGGAAAAUGCCAUGCUGAGACAGCUUGGAGAGAAGAUGGUGGUCAGGAUCAACCAAAUGAAGACGCAGUUGAUGGACAAAACGGCGUCAUUCAUGGCCGAGCAGCAGCUGCGAAAGAGUGCAGAAGCUCGCCUGAGCAAUGAGAUGAGGAAGUCCUUCAAGCUGACAGCCUACAACAAUGAGAUCGCUAUGGCAAACACCAAGCUUCAGAAGCAGCUGAAGGAAGCCAAAACAGAGGCAGAGAGGCUGUGUGUGGAGAACACGUGCUUGCGGUCCACCUUCAAGGAUCUGGUGGAAGGGCUGAGGGAUGAGCUAAAGCUGCGUGAUACCCUGGCGGAUGAAGGCUCCCUGCAGGAGAGGCUGCAGCAGGAUGCAGUCCCAGAGCUUGUCAAGCAGCGUGUGACAGACCUGAUCGAGAGCUCAGCAGAGGUCUUCCACAUCGUGGCAACUGUGGCGGCACACACAGGGCGCCAACCUCCAUCCAGCAAUCUGGGCAUGAGCCCGCCCCUUGCGCCGGCCACGCCGGACCAGAGCGAUGCAUGCAGCACCACUUCCAGCACAUGCCACAGCCGGCAGGCCUCCCUGCAUGGCAGCUAUGGCGCAUCAUCCUCCGCUUCAGGGGGCCACGACCCAGAGAGGGCAUGCAGCUUUGAGAGCAACAGCAGCGUGCAGCGGAGCCCCCUGCCUGCGCGCACCCGCCUGCUCAGGGGCAGCAGCACCUCUUCAUUCGACGGCCUCUCAACUGCCUCCAUCACGUCCUCUCCACUGGUCAACAAAGAGGGUCCUUCUUUGGAUGAAGAGCACCCUGGAUACAUUGCUGACAUGCUGCAGUCCCAGUUAAUGGGCCUGCACAUGGGGCCAUCUACCCUCAACAGCGAACAAACGGUCGGCUCCCCUUCGGAUCUGACCCCCAGCCGAUCCCCCAACGCAAAGCUGAAGGGGCCAGCUCUCGAAGAGUCAUUGGAAAUGGACGGUCUUGAGAGUGCAGAGGAGAUUGGCACGCCAGAUGCACUGAGACACGCAGCAGAUGAAGGAGAGGGCACCGAGAAUGUUCACUACUCUGCAUUCUGCAGAAUGGGAUGUACAUGA